UUGAAAUUCGUUCCAAACUCCGCAAUCCCUCAUCUCCCAAAUCGCACCACCCAUCAUGUCUACCGGCGUUGGAGUGAGCUCUUGCUGCCUUUCCGGAAAGAUUCAAAGCGGCCAGCCAAGGGGAUACGUCAAGGAUAUUGCUGGCCUCACCACCUACAUCUCCGAACCCGAAAACGGCAAAACAACCAAAACCAUCAUCUUCCUGGUUGACAUCUUCGGUUAUGAGUUCCCCAACGUCCGCCUCCUUGCCGACAACUACGCCAAGGCAGGGUUUUACUGCUACAUCCCAGACGUGCACCAGGCCGACUCUCUGCCCAUCGAAUUCUUGCAGACGGUCGAGCCCCAGCUACCGCAGCGCGAGCAGAUGGGCGUGUUGGACAAGGCGGCCUCAACCGCCCAGACGGGAGCAACCCUGGGGCCCUGGCUGAUCAGGCACCGCGAGGCCGUCAGCAAACCGCUCAUUGAUGGCUUCAUCAACACGGUGCGCAUGAUCCCGGGCACCGACAAGGUCGGAGCAAUCGGUUUCUGUUGGGGCGGCCGCUACGCCAUCUUGAGCGCGCACAGCUCGGAGCCAGGCAAGGGAGUCGACGCCGCGUAUGCGUGCCAUCCGAGCUUGGUCGCCAUCCCGGGCGACUUCGAUCCGGUGGUGAAGCCGUUGAGCUUGGCGCUGGGCGACAAGGAUAGCUUGCUUGACCAGAAGCAGGUCGAACAGAUUCAGGAACUCAUGGGCAAGAAGACCGAAGUGCCGCAUGAGAUCAAGAUCUACCACGAUCAGGUCCACGGCUUCGCGCUGCGCGGAGACUGGAAUAACGAAAAUGACAAGAAGGCCAUGGACGAUGCUGAAAAGCAGGGUAUCGAGUGGUUCAAGAAAUACUUGUAGAAUUGAUGGGCCGUGGCC